UAUCCGAAGUGCUCCAGGACGUAAAAUCACGAAGCGCACGAAACAGAGAUAUCGAAGUUAGCGGGGAAAACUGAGAAUCGAGUCUGAUUGGAGGGUCAAGAAAACGCCAAUUUUUUAAACCAGCGGAACGGAAUAAAACGAACACGUACAACAAUUAAAAUAAAUAAAGAACGAGUCUUCUUGAUUAUUAGUGAACGCGAGCUAAUGAAAGCUAAAGCACGAUUUCGUGUUCCAAUUUAGAAAUCGUUUGAAAAAACGCGCCACUCGUGUAGGUGGUGUAGGUGGAUCGCGCUGUGACGUCACGCGUGUGAACGUAGCAACGAGUGGGGGUAGCAGGGAUGCAACGCGUGCGAUCGCGCGAGUAGCGCGCCGUUACUCUUCGGUGGUUUGUGUCGGAGUAAGAGUUUUCGUGUCGCCCAGCAUCCGACUCUCGAAGGAUUAUCGGGAGAUGAAUGAUCGAUAACGAUCGUUCGAUCGACGCUGGAGCUCCUCGCCGAUGGACCAGUCCGAUAAUCUGACGGAUAGUCUUCACUUUUAUCGGAUCAUACAGUGAAUACGUAGCGAGAAACUUAGUAAGUGACUGGACCAAGUUCUUUUUAAAAUAAGAUGAGAGAGAACGUGAUACGGGGCCUUCUGUUGCUCGCCGCGGGGAGUUGCGUUGUCCUGGCCGAUCCGGAAGCUGAUCCGUCGGAGGAACUGUUUAAUCGGCUGCAACCCAAAAAUCGCAAUGAAGACAAAUGCUACGAUGAGAAUAGCAAGCCACAGAGAUGCAUACCACCGUUUGAGAAUGCGGCGUUCAACGUGUUGAUGGAGGCGACCAACACGUGCGGUGAGGAUCAUGCAACCGAAUUCUGUAAACAAACGGGUGUACAGAAGAAAUCAUGCGACAUUUGUCGUCGUGGCGACCAUUCCGCCACUUUUCUCACUGAUCACGACAACAAUGAUAAUGCUACUUGGUGGCAAUCGGAUACCAUGUACGAGGGCAUCGAGUAUCCCAAUCAAGUUAAUCUCACCCUACAUCUAGGCAAAACAUUCGACAUAACAUACGUUAGAGUGCUGUUUGAAUCACCGCGUCCGGAAAGUUGGGGUAUCUACAAACGAAAGAAUGAAAAAUCUCCGUGGGAGCCUUAUCAGUUCUAUUCGGCAACAUGUCGAGAUACGUAUGAACUACCCGAGUCCAAAGAGACUAUCCGCGGUGACGAUACUCGCGUGCUAUGCACUUCGGAAUUCUCUGACAUUUCCCCUCUCACCAAGGGCACCGUCGCUUUUUCGACUUUGGAAGGCCGACCAUCUGCUUACUAUUUCGAGACCAAUACCGAACUUCAGGAAUGGGUGCAAGCAACGGAUUUAAGAAUCACUCUGGACAGGUUGAACACGUUCGGUGAUGAGGUUUUUGGUGAUGCCCAAGUAUUGAAAUCUUACUACUACGCGAUAGCUGAUGUAGCGGUCGGUGCAAGAUGUGCCUGCAAUGGCCACGCUGGAGAAUGCGUGAAUAGUACCAGUGUGGAUGGCAGAACUCGCAGAGUUUGCCGAUGCGAACAUAAUACCGCUGGUCCAGAUUGCAACGAGUGCUUACCUUUUUACAAUGACGCUCCUUGGGGCCGUGCCACGACUACGGAUGCACACGAAUGCAAACCUUGUAACUGUAACGGAUACUCGGAUAGAUGCUAUUUCGAUAAAGAGCUGUACAAAGCAACGGGUCACGGAGGUCAUUGCUUGGAUUGUCGAGCGAAUCGCGACGGUGCCAACUGCGAGCGGUGCCGUGAAAAUUAUUAUCAACGGCCUGAAGAUAAUUACUGCAUCGCGUGUAAUUGUAACGAAAUUGGAUCGAGAAGCUUGCAGUGUAACAGCGAGGGUAAAUGUCAGUGUAAACCUGGCGUGACGGGUGAUAAAUGUGAUCGUUGCGCACCCAAUUUCUACAAUUUCGGUUCACUGGGCUGCACUUCUUGCGAAUGCAGCUUGGCGGGUUCAGCUGGUAACAUUCCCAGUUGCGAUUCUGUCACGGGAGUUUGCAUUUGCAAAGAGAACGUCGAGGGAAAACGUUGCAGAGAGUGCCGUCCAGGUUUCUUCAAUCUGGCAGUGGAGAAUGAAUUUGGCUGCACACCCUGUUUCUGUUACGGCCAUUCCUCGGUCUGCCGACCGGCCACUGGUUACUCGAAAUUGCUCUACGAAAGCAUGUUCGUACGAGGGAACGAACGCUGGUCCGCGUCCGUGGCCGGUAAUCCGAUCCCGUUGCAUUACGACGCAUUGACGCAAACAGUUUCUGUUACCGCGCUCGAUCGUGACAAUGUGUACUUCCUCGCGCCCGACAGAUUUCUGGGAGAUCAACGAGCGUCUUAUAAUCAGGAUUUAUCGUUCACGUUGAGAAUAGGAGAAACUGGACCAGCUCCCACAGCUCGCGAUGUAAUUUUGGAGGGUGGAAACGGCGAACAGAUUACGCAGCCCAUCUUUGGCCAGAAUAAUCGCUUACCGUCCGUUACACCUCAGGAAUACCGAUUUAGAUUGCAUGAACACCCGGAGUACGGCUGGCAACCUCGGUUAUCUUCCCGAGCGUUCAUGUCCAUUUUGUCGAACUUGACCGCUAUAAAGAUCCGUGGAACUUAUACGCAUCAAGGCCGAGGAUUUUUGGACGACGUGAAGCUCGAGACGGCCCAUCGUGGCGCGGCUGGCGAACCGGCCGACUGGGUGGAGCACUGUCAAUGCCCUCAUGGCUACGUCGGCCAGUUUUGCGAAUCAUGCGCGCCCGGAUUUCAUCACGAUCCGCCCAACGGUGGCCCCUUUGCCCUCUGCGUUCCUUGCAACUGCAACGGGCACGCUGACAUUUGCGAGUCCGAGACUGGACGAUGCAUCUGCCAGCAUAAUACCGCAGGCAGUAAUUGUGAACUAUGCAGUAGAGGAUAUUACGGUUAUCCAUUGAAGGGAACUCUGGAGGAUUGCCAACCGUGUCCUUGUCCCGAUAACGGGCCUUGCAUUCUCCUGGGAAACAAUCCAGAUCCCAUAUGCUCCGAGUGUCCAAUCGGCAGGACUGGACCUAGAUGUGAAACGUGCUCGGACGGUUAUUACGGGAAUCCUGAAAGGGGUCUGACUUGCCGCCCCUGUGAUUGCAACAACAACAUCGAUUUAAACGCGGUCAGAAAUUGCAAUCACGAAACGGGAGAGUGCUUAAAGUGCGUCAAUAAUACGGCAGGUUUUCACUGCGAGGAGUGUCUACCCGGUUAUUACGGGGAUGCGUUGUCGGAUCGCAAGGAAGACGGAUGUAAAUUAUGCCAGUGUUAUCCACCUGGCACUUUGGAACUUGACGAUGGAAGAGUCGCACCCUGUGAUCAAUUGACGGGGCACUGCGCUUGCAAGCCGCACGUUGUUGGCCGCAAUUGCGACAAAUGCGAAGAAGGCUAUUAUCACAUUAUGAGCGGAGAGGGUUGUACGCCUUGCAAUUGCGACCUCGAAGGUUCCUACAAUCGCACUUGCGAUCCGAUAACGGGUCAGUGUCAGUGCCGACUCGGAAUCACUGGCCAACACUGUGAUGCCUGCGAGCCCUAUCAGUAUGGAUUCAGUCGCGAGGGUUGCAAACCUUGCGAUUGUGACAGCAUCGGUUCUCAGGAUCUACAAUGCGACGCGAAUGGACAAUGCCCCUGCUUGACAAAUGUGGAAGGUAGACGCUGCGACCGCUGCAAAGAGAACAAACAUAAUCGUCAGCACGGCUGCGUUGACUGUCCCGACUGUUAUAAUCUCGUGCAAACGGCAGUCGACGAUCAUCGACGACGUUUGGCUGAUCUUGAGGAUACGCUUCGCAAAAUUAAUAAUAGUCCUACUGUUAUUAAGGACUCUGACUUUGAAAAGGAACUCAGGAACGUUCAGGACAGAGUGAAAGCAUUAUUAACUAUCGCCAAGCAAGGAUCUGGCAGUGAGAAUAAGACACUGGUAGAGCAACUGGACGAAUUGCGUGAACAACUAAACACGAUCGACAAAAUCUAUCAGACCGUGGACGUGACGGCAAGCGAUGCGCGCGAUAUAACCGAAGAAGGUUUGAUGAGUAUCGACGAAGCGGAGAAAAUCUUGGAUAAAAUCCACGAACAGCUAACAGAGGCAGAGGAUUACUUGGCCACGGACGGAGCGAGCGCUUUAGCCGCGGCAAAAUUACGCGCCGAGCAAGUUGGCCAGCAAAAUCAGCAAAUGACAGCGAUCGCGCAAGAGGCACGUGUACUCGCGGAAGUGAACACCAAGGAAGCCAAAAAACUUCAUAUGCUGGCAGAGCAAGCACGGAGUACGACGUUGGAAGCAUAUAAUCUCGCGAAGCAAGCUAUAGCGAGAUACUCCAACGUAACAGACGAAAUAAGAGGUUUGGAGAACAAGUUGGCACGAUUAGAAGAUCGUAUGGAUGAAGUGAGGAAUUUGACUGCUAUCGCGGCUGCGAAAUCCUCCGCUGUCUCUCAGGAAGCAUUAGAUUUGCUGAUUCUAGAUCUAACGCUUCCUCCAGUCGACAUCGAUCAAUUGCGACAACAGAUAGAAACCGUCAGCAAUGAGGGAUUGAGGAUAAAGGAACAAGCGCAACUCUUAUUGGAGCAAAAUGAGGACCUUAUCAAAGAGAUGGCUGAGAAAGUCAGAAAGAGUGAGGAACUUUUAGAUAGAGCUCAAGAUCAACAAGGUGUGACGGCUGAGCUGUUGGCUGAAUUGGACAAAGCCAAUGAAACGGCAAAUGACGCUGUUAAACGUGGCGAUCAAACUCUAAAGGAGGCUCAAGAAACUUUGAAAAAAUUGGGAGAAUUUGAUGCCGAGGUGCAACGCGAACGUGUAAAAGCUCAAGAGGCUUUAAAAGAUAUUGAGAGUAUCGAAGAAUUGAUUAAUAAUGCCAAUAUACAAGCCAGAGAAGCCGAAAGAGUAUUAAACGGAUCGGAGGGUAACGCUAAAAGUGCGCGUGAAAUAGCACAGAAUGCUCAGAAUUACGCCGACCGGGCAAGCACCAAUGCAAAUGCCAUCCGAAUAGAGGCGAAUAAGACAAAGAUCGAAGCUCUGCGACUCGGAAACGAAGCUGAGAAACUGCACCUCAGAGUCGAUACCACAGAUUCGAUGAUGAGUCAGUACGAAGUCCAAGUGAUCAAGGAUACUAACGUUACCGCAGAGGCAAACCACAAAGUUGGCCAAGCGAAGAUUGACGUGACACUCGCGUCGCAGCAAGUCGACAAAGCUUUAUCCGAGGUAGCUGAAAUUAUUAAGGAGCUCGAUAAUUUACCAGAGAUUGAUGAUGCAGACUUAAAUCGCUUGGAAGAACGUCUAAUAGCUGCUGAGAACGAGAUUGAAAAUGCAAAUCUAGAUCAGCGAAUUCGUGCGCUAACGGAUGCGAAAAAUCUACAGACGCAAUGGGUUAAAAAUUAUGAGGAUGAAGUCAGCAGAUUGAAAAUCGAGGUGGAAAACAUCGACGAUAUCCGAAAGGCCUUACCGACCGACUGUUAUCAACGUGUCCGUCUCGAACCUUGAAAUUUAUCCUUUUAUAAACUUGUCAUUUUUGAAUAAUGUUUCCAGGAUUAUAUGUAAGUUAUGUUUUAUAUACAAAUUUUGAUCUAGAGAGAGAUGAAUGUAUUCUUAUAACUUUUACGUGUAAGAAUACACACAUUCAAGAAAAAGAAAUUUUUCUCAAAUAAUACUUGACGGUUCAAGAGCAUUUUGUUAGGCUAGAGAGACGAAUUACAGUGCAUAGGUACAUGCACAGAGAAUAGCAAUAAUAAAUAUUUUAUACCAAAGACUUUUUAUAAUGUACUUUUAUAAUGUACUAGAAUUAUCAUUGCUUGUCGUUUAAUCUGCGUCUAUUAUAUUUUUUAUAAUGAUUGCUAAGCAUAUAUAAGUAUGUAUAUAGAUCUGUAUACAUAUCCAUAAGAUGUAAUUGCCAUUCAUAUUAAUCAUCUAGUAUGAUUUCGAAUUUAAGAGAUUUAAUUAUGUUAAGUGAGAGAACGUUGUUCUUUCAAUGCAAGCCAGAAAUAUUUGAGAAUAAUGAAAAGAUUAUGAAUAAAGAGUUUAUGUAUUUUUGUUUAAAUAAUUAAGACUAUAGAGAUAUCUAUUUUCUCUUGUUUCAUAGAAUGUUGGUUAAAAAAAUUGAAUGAUUGGAAGAUUUAAAGUUAUAACUAUAGUGUAAUUUUUUCUGUCGAUUUUCUUCUCAAUCAUAUCAUAGAACUUUGAGAUACAUAAUCAAAGAUAAAGAAGAUCAAAGAUCGUAUCGACAAUGUUUUUACGUACAACCGAGAUAAGAAACCAUUUUUAUACGAAUGUCGUACAAACUGUAUUAUUUGAGGACAAUAAAUAUUUCGAAAAUAGCA